AUGCAGCUUCGUGCCGCCAAGUACCGAGGAACCGACCGAUCCCCGUUCACAAGUCGUCACAGCAUCUACAAUCGAACAGAAGCUCUCGAUAGUCUUCAGACAUAUUUUACUGAUAGUAAUACACAGUGCUAUUUGGAGAUGCAAUUCGUACGUCAGGUCCUGCUUGUAGGCUUUCUCACUGUCUCGACAACUUCUUCUAUGGAAACAGAACAAGCGCAGUCCACUCAUUUACGUGGUUUACUAGACAGGAUCGUGCAUACUGAGCCCACGACUACACCUGUACGCGUGUUAGCUGCUUCGUGGGAAGACGGUGAAAUUGGCGUCACACGCAAGUUACGUCCUAUUUUGGAGAAAAUUGUGGGUGGUGAGACAGUGGUUAUGUUUAACGACCGCCGUCUGGAUCCCGCGGGAGAGAUGGAAUCAGCUGUUGUAAAUUUUGACGUGCGAUCGAGCCCGAACUGUGUUGUGAGUGUGUGCGGAGAGAUGUCCAAGUGGUAUUUAGGCGCAAAGGAAAAGUGCUUUGACUUGCGGAUUGCGCCGAAAUCUACAGAUAAAGUGGAGAAUGGGCUCAUUCGUGGUGUAUCAGCUGCCUACUCGGACUUGCGCCCAGUCGCCACCAAUUUGUACCUCAAAUUUGACGAAACCAACUAUAUUGACGGCUCCAAGUGCGAGUAUGAGAUUCUCUCGGGUAGCAAGAUAGUACGUGAGGAAGUAAUGGCUAGUAAUUCCAAAGCUACGACGGCAUAG